AUGGAAAACGUGCCGGUCACUGCAAAAUGGGCAAACCGAGUCCUGCGCCCCUUGACCUCCAUCUAUCGUCGACUCGAAAAACACCAAGCAACUCUCGCCGCCGAGUCGAAGCAACGAGCAGCAGCAGCGGGAAACCAUGAAGACCCAUAUCUCGCCACAUCCAUAGCGCCAGAGGUGGAUAAUUGUUUGGAAACGGAUGAAGAGCCAGAGAGGGAAGAUCCCGUUUGGGUACCUGGAUACAUGAUGCAGCGAAUGCGCUCUCGGCGCAAGUAUUCGUCCCGACCCGAGAACGAUGGACCGAACAGGCGCCACAGAUUAUCCAUACAGAGCCCGGAAGCCUCGCGCACUUUGCCUGGUGCUAUUGAGGUUGCCACACCUCUGAUUACCGGAAAGCGAUGGGAGAUGCCUUCAAGUGCGCAAUCAUGCCGAUCAGUCGAACCGGCAAAUAAUAUCACCCCCGAUCCCCCAUCGCCGGUCUACCGUGGCAGGUCUUCGCGGUACAAUAGCCCAUGGCGAGACCUGCUUGAGAUGUCGGGUGAUGAACGCCUUCUCGAAAUAGCUAUCAAUCUUGACAACGUCUUCAUGACUUUCCUUCUCAGCACUGGCAAAAGCAGACGCAAAUGGGGUCCCGACCCCUUUGAUAGAAAAUAUGACAGAAGAAGACGCGGUGCUCGAUCUCUGAUGGCGAUGGUGGCGCGACGCUUGCCCGAGUACAUUGCGAAGGAGCAGGAAGCACAAGAUGAACUAGACGAAGACGGCGACGAAGAUAUGUGUGAUGCAUACUUCACAGAGUUGGAAGCAUACUAUGCGCCCCACGGCACAGGGUGGGAGCCACUCCGUGAGGCCGUCCGCGCCCAAGGCAUGUAUAUGAUUCGUCGCAUGAUAAAAGAUAAUUGGAUCACGGAUGCGAUUGCUUGUUCCAUGAUUGAGCGUUGCCGAGCCACCGCACCGGAGGAAAGUGAUUCCAUGCUAUCUACACUCAUUUCCACUCGCGAAACCUAUCCAUAUCCCCACGCACUGAAACCUAUCGCGAGUCCUAACGUGCUGGGCGACCCCGUCUUAUUACUUCGGAGUUGGGCUGCUCAUGAAACUGCGAGUCGGACGUUUAUCUUUGAUGAACUUGCAAAGCUUCUUCUACGAGGCGCUCUGCCUCCAGAAUGGAUGGGAACCAAGCACUGGACGACUUGGAUGUCUCGCGCAACUGUUUCCAUUUCAAAGCAGGAUAGGGACUGGCCUGCCGCAUCAAGGUUGAUUGAGUCUGUCAUACUCUCAGCCAGCAGUAUGCGAUUCAAUGCUCCUGCUGCACCCUGCUUAACCCCAGCACAAAAGGCGCGACACAAGCCAGUCGCUUUUCGUGCUCGCAGGACCCGCACCACAUCUACUGAAGCACUUGCUGAUCCAAGUGCUGUCCGACUGUGUUCGGCGCCGGUGGAAGAUGCGCUUAGCAACCAUGUCGUAAGUCUCUUGGCGGCCUUGUGUGGAAUACACUUUGCGCGGUCUCGUGCUUCCUUGGCCACUGGAAAAUUGAGAAAAACCAAGGCGAGUAGCAUAAUUGACUAUCUUCAUUUUGUUCUGCAACAAUAUGCGAACCCAAAAAUCAUGGGCUCGCAGGAUGCACUCACUUAUCAUCAAUUACUACGACGUGGCUGCAUUUUGGUGGCCGCCAGCCUCGUGCAGUGCAGCAAUAACACUGUGUUCGAAAAGGAACAGGCUACGCUUGCAUCGACAACCAGCGUUGAUAAAUUCGCCAGCUCCAUAGCCGCUCGCCCGGACAUCAUCAAAGAGCUGGCAUAUUUAUUGCAGCAGUCGUUCCGCUGCCUCAAUGUAAAGGGAGGUGGACUGCGUACCAGCAGAGACAUUCGGCAGAUGGUUUCACAGUUCGCAUCUAUAGCUGAGACACCAGGAAUGUCCAUCUUCCUGGGGAAUAUCGCCACAGAGGUUGCCAUGUUCUUCGCCGAAGUAACCGCAGAUCCAGAUGAUCAUGUUUGGGCGGUUGAGAUGCAAGAGAUGGUUACCAAAAAACAAGCCCAGCUGGAGACUGAUGGGGAGGCUCCAGAGAAUGCUGCGGGCUCAAGCCAAAACAAUGGCUUAUUCCGCUGGGAAGACAGCAUCGGGGAGUGGGUGGAAACUACGCCGGCAACAAAGAAAACAGUCCACCUCGCGCAAAAAGGCCGAGCACCCAUGCGCAUCCCCUCGAGUCCGGCGCCCUCUAUACCCUGCUCUACAGCCUCCAGCUCCCCUGAACCCGGGCCUUGUCAAGAUUCUGCCUCCAGUGUAGCCUCGUCUCCGGCCCCCGCCCGCGCUCCCUCGCCAGUCAAACGGUCAUUACAGGAUAUCGAUAUCUCGCAAAUACAACCCAACAAACGACGAAGACAUCCGGUGGUUGUCUGUGACCACGCGGAAGUGCGCUCAAGAGAAACAAGCUCUGCCUCAACGCCUCUGGGCUCAAGGGUGGAAUCGGCAACCCACCGAGAAAUCUUGCGCGAGCGGAGCACCAACUUGGAAAGACGAAUAGUCCCCACCACCAGGCUGGUGCCCAAGGUGGUCAUCAUCAAUUCCGAAGCAACGCGCCCAAGCCAGCGUCCUGCCCAGCGCAGCCCAGAGCGCGGCGAAAAGCGAAUCCACAGAACACUCGACAGGAGAAGAUCUGCUCGCCAUUCCGUCGUGCCUCCCAACGUGGUCAGGCGGCGGUCUUCCGAUCAACCGGUCAUUCCCUGCUCACAAGACAGUGGCAGUGACGACGAACUUAGCUUCCUCUGA